CUGCGGCGGCCGGGCGGGGAGCAGAGGAGGAGGCGGUAGGCGCUGCUCGUCGCUCGCUCCCCGGCUCCGGGCGCUCCUGAGCCGCGCCCUCGGUCCCCUGCCCCGCCGAUACCUGCAGCAUGGACUCGGACUCCGGGGAGCUCAGCGAAGGCGAGUUGGUCUCACCCGCAGGUCCUGACUGCUUCAGUUCCAAGAACCUUGCACUGCAAGCCCAGAAAAAGAUCCUGAGUAAAAUGGCAACCAAAACCAUGGCGAACAUGCUCAUCGAUGACACAAGCAGUGAAAUCUUCGAUGAGCUGUAUAAGGUAACAAAGGAACACACCAGAAACAAAAAGGAAGCCCACAAAAUUAUGAAAGACCUGAUUAAAGUGGCAAUAAAAAUUGGGAUCCUCUAUCGAAAUAAUCAGUUCAACCACGAAGAGAUGGAAAUUGUAGACAAGUUCCGGAAGAAGCUGAACCAAACUGCCAUGACAAUUGUCAGUUUCUAUGAGGUGGAAUACACGUUUGACAGAAAUGUUCUUGCAGAACUUCUGAAUGAGUGUAAAGACCUUGUGCAUGAACUCGUAGAUCGGCACCUGACCCCGAAAUCCCAUGGGCGCAUCAACCACGUCUUCAAUCACUUUGCGGAUGUGGAGUUUCUAACUGCCCUGUACAGUCUUGAUGGGGAUUGUCGGCCAUACCUCAAAAAGAUCUGUGAUGGCAUCAACAAACUACUUGAUGAGAAGAUCCUUUGAAACUGUGCUCAGAAGCAAGAAAGCAGCCAAAAACUUCUGUCUAGAACUGGCCAUCCUUCAUGGGUCAUGGUGAGCAUCAGAGCCUCCUUCCUGCUCUUCUCACUGCAGUCUCCAGUAGGAGCCAGAAAGUGCUCACUUGGCUCACGAUGAAGGGGAAAACCCUAAACCAGAAAGCUAUUGAUUUUAAUGUUUCAUUCACAGAUAACUUGAGUCUUUCCCAAGGUGUGGCAUGAAAAAAACCGCUGAUAUAUAUUGUUCAGAAAUAGAUUGCUGUACAUCAUGAUCUCACUAGCUUUGUGUUCAAGGCUGAACACAUGAAAAGAAAGUAAGCUCAAACGCAUGGCUGUGUUAAAAUAGGUGAUGGCAACAGAGCAAUGCAUGGAAUUUAGCCAGGCUGCCCUGGGUGUGUAUGUUGUUAUUAUUCCAGCAGUAAGUGAAAAGGCUUAGAUGCAUUAAGCUCUUUCCUUUUAAAAUGAUCGGGAAUCAGUGUGAGAACACACCUCUGGAUUCACAUGGUACUGAAGUCUUUUUAGGGAUAACAAACAAUACAAACAAGUAAAUCAGAAGAAAAUUUGAAGAGCCGCUCUAUAAAACAGUAUUUUCAUUAGAAAUUUUUGGCUUAUACCCACUCAUUAAAAAGUUGCAUUUGAAUUUUGCAGAACAGCUCAGUGAUUGAAGCUCAAAGGCAAUCAGAAAAAACAGAUGAAGUAGUACCUUAGUUCUCCCUGCCUCAGGUGCUGUGUGUUUGAUAACAUUGGAUGAGUUUAGGCUGGAUGUUAUGCUGCUCUUUGCACUCGUACUGUUCUGUCAGUCAGAGCAAAAUAUUCCUUGCACUUUGGAAGAGUGUAAGUAACAAGUAACCACUUGCUCUACAAAGCAACAUUAACAUCUCAAAUCCUCAAUAGAUACCAUUCAGCCUCAGUAAAGCUCACAUUUUAAUGUGUCUGCAGUAUUAAUUUGUACUAACAGUGACAAAGAAAAAACCCAUCUGCUAUGCUCACAGUGCCAUCUGAACGCAGUAUAUGCACAAUAUAUGCACAGCCCUUUGAUGAGAACACUACUAACUCUGGUGAGCUUCAUAAACAACCCAUGGGUUAAGAGUGUUCUCCUUUUUUUUAAGCAAAAUACACUGAUGGCCUGAAACAAAAAAAUGUUUUGCAUAGAAACACUGGUUUCUGUCAAGUUUUGCUAUGAUUAAGAGAAGCAGAGUAGAUAAGGCAGUUUGCUGCUUGCCGAAUCUUACAACCAGGUUGAUGCUGCUGGCUGACCCUACAUAAGGGAAGGAUGUGCAAAAAUCUCUCUGUGCCCCAUCUCUUAUCUUCUAGGCUCACCUCAGUUUGCCAAGGCUUCAUUCAGGGCUUCUCCUUCCUCAUGACACAGGGAGCAGACAAUCCCAUAUAUUCGAAAGCCAUUCCUCUCUAAGAGCUUCCAAGCACUGUCACCUACCAUUUUAAGACAAAAGAAAAUGGUGUUCCCAUUUAAACUCUUCAGUACAGAGGUAAAUUCUAUUCUUAUUCUUCUGCCUUUUCUCACCCUGAGAAUAACCACUGAACUUCCCUUCAUACAGUUGAGAACACCCAUACCUAGACUAUGUAUUCGCUGCAGUUAGAAGUGUCCAUUCCCAAAAGAAUGCAUUUUGAAGCAAGGGAAAAUGGCAGCACAAAACAUUACCAGAGCAGUUUGAUAAUGAUGUAAUUUUCCGUCAUGUUCCCCUACAACCAUAUAUAGUAUAUUUAGUAGCAGUGAAUGGAGACUAUUCCUUUACAGCACAGCACUAUAAUGAGACAUGAACUUUUGGGAUUGUAAGUCUAUUAAGAGUUGCCUUACAAGGUUGCAAGUUUCAACAUUUGCAGAGCCAUAUUUACACACACCAUUAGCUGCUUUCUUUCUUAGAGCACGGAUCUGUCAACCAAUGCUUCUGAACAGUAGUUAUUAUAUCCAACACUCCUGUUCCAGUGCACAGGUCACAUCUGCGUGUUUGUUUCUCUUGUGGCAAAUAUGUAAGUUUGGUUUGGUUGGAUUUUUUAAGUCAGAGCAAAAGAUUUUUCAACACUGAAGAUGUCCAAAACAAAAGGGAUAUCUCCUGUAUCGUGACUUCAUUCUUGUGUGUUGCAAGUACCAAUAUUCCAGAUUCUGAUAUUUUAGAUGAGCCAGCUAAACAUCUGCCAUCUUAUUUAUAAAUCAGAGUAGCCUUAAGGAAAGAUGUUUUUGAGUAUUUAUCAUACUUGCAUAUCCAGUAUAUUCAUUGUUUACUUUUGUACUAGUAGCUUGGUAUGUAACAACAUUGCUAAGUACUGGCAAUGUUCAGGUCAUCUUCAGUAUAUGAUGUAUUAUCAUAUUUGUGGAUUAAAAAUGUGUGAUUACUGCCUCUUUUUUCUUUCAUUUGAUUUCUUUGUUCUACUACCCAAUGUAAACUGAAAUUAAACAGCAAGAGGAGGGAAUCUG